CAACAACAAAAAAAACAGAACUCAGCUGUUCGGCAGCUAGCUAACUAGCCGGCCUGUUAAUAGUGUCCCUUUACGCUUUAUUUAGAUUUGGGAUUGGUAUAAGUUGCUUUACAGCUACUAAUAUGUUCAGAUAUAUCGCAAGUUCUACAAAAUCCGCAUCAACGCGCUGCCAUUAGGUCCAUUUUAAACUCCUUUGUCUCAUAUGUGCUAACGUUAGCUAGCUUCUAGCAGGUUAGCCUUUUACCUGAGGACGGGGGGGGGGGGAGCCCGUUCAACCAGAAGGUAAAGACGCCACUUUUGUCUCGAUAACUGUGCCCAAAUAACACCAAAUUAUUCUUUUAUGUGCAGAAGUCUGAAAAGCAGAGGAAUAUGAAAUAACGGAGCUAGCAGAGCUCGAGUCAUGUUCCAAACCGAUGUGUCACUUUACCUAAUAGUGAUUUAAUACCGCGAUAAAAGACUGUCCCAGACCAGACAUGUUUAUGGCAAAGCCAGACCACAAGGCCACCCGGUGGAGAUUCUGACCUCCACCAAUGACCACCAGUAUUAUUGUCAUCGUCUGUCGUCAUGUCGCCGCCAAAGAGACCCCUGGUCCCUGUGAGCAGCCGGCGGAAAGCAGUGGACGACUACUUCCCUUUCAACUUCCUGCCCGUAGAGUGCCAGCUGCACGUCCUGUUCUUUUUGAACGAGGUGGAUAAGUGCAGCUGUGCUUUGGUUUGCGUGAGCUGGAGCUGUAUCGUCCGCUCAUGGAAGCUUUGGCGGGUGGCAGACUAUUCCCGCCGAGGCGUCUUCCACCUGGGCCGGGAGGGGGCGCUGGUUUCCAACCGGGAGUUUGAGAGGUGGAAGUCCUGGGUCCACCAUUACACCCAUCACCUGAUCUCGCGGCGGGCCAGCCUGCUCACGCUGAAGGCCAGCUUCGACCUGGGCGACCGCUGCAACAAGUGGUGCGAACUGCUGAGUCACCUGCUGGACAACGUCCACUGCAGAGACCUGAGUCACCUGGACCUCAACUGGACAUUUACUCUGCUGGAGCCGCUGGACUUCAGGGUCAACUCAGGCUCCAGCUCGCACCAGGACAGCAUUACCAAGAUGGACCAGGUGACCAGUUUCCAGGAACUGCUGACCAAACUGACCCACAGCUGCCCGCGCAUCUCCAAGAUGCGGUUACACUUCGACUGGUCGGACGUGUCCGUGUCGCUGCUCAUCCAGUUCCAGCAGCUGCGGGUUCUGGAGCUCAAAUACUUCUGGGUCUUUAAAGGAGUGACUCCCACGACGCUGCAGGCCCUAACCAAAUCCCUGCCCAACCUGAAGUCUCUGACUCUACAAAUCCUGGUGCCGCUGAGGAACCUGGGCAUCUCGUACACUCUGGAGUCCCAGUCUCUGGAGUUCCUGGACGUGUCCCCCAGCCGGGGCUUGGUCUUCUCCUGUCUGAAGCUGCCGGCCCUGCGCGAGCUCCGAGCCAAGAAGAUCGUCCGCGGCAUCACACUGGACCGGAGGACCAGGCUACGGAUCCAGAGCCGCUGGCCCUGUCUGUACCACGUCCUCCGGGCGGGGACCCCUAAGCUCCAGGCUCUCAACAAUGAGAGGCUUCUCCCCACGUGGAGAGAGGAGGGCUAUGGGGAGCUUUCUGCCAUCCUGGAACAGUCCUGUUACUGUGUUCAGCAUCUAGACAGCUGGCUUUGGUAGACAACUGUAGGUCCCCCCAAAAAAGAAAGUUAUUUAGCCAGUUGGCCUGUAUCUGUAUUCCUAGUGGCAUAGGCCUGG